UCAGCUGGCUGCGCAGCAUGCCUUCACGCGGCAACGCGCUGGGAGUCAUCAGUUGACACUACAACACCGCGCCGCUAGGUUGUUUCAGUGAACGCACUUGUCUCUCGAACAGACUUUCUACAUUCGCCCUCACGAUGCCCGACCUAAGGGGUAAAGUGGCCAUCAUAACGGGUGCUUCUUCGGGUAUUGGAGAAGCCACGGCCUUGUGUUUUGCCUCCCACGGCUGCUGGCUUACGCUGACAGCACGGAACAUACCGGCCUUGGAGAAUGUGGCGGAGGCGUGCCGUGCAAAGGGGAUUCCCCAUGACAAGGUUAUUGUGGCACCCGGAGAUAUAACGAUCGAGGACGACAUUCGUGCUGUAGUCGAGAAGACCGCAAAGCACUUUGGGCAAAUCGACAUACUGGUGAACAACGCAGGGAUACCCAUGCCAAGGACCCUCGAAAGUUCUACACUGGAUGACUACAACCUCGCCUGGCAAACAAAUUUUCGCGGUCCACUCUUGAUGAUAAAAUACGCGAUGCCACAUUUGCGUCGAACCAAAGGCAACGUUGUGAAUGUGUCAAGCGUGGCGUCGACAAUAGCGGCGAAUAGUGCAACUCCUUACUGCGUGGCAAAAGCAGCACUGGAUCACCUGUCGCGAUGUGCGGCGCUGGAGAAUGCUCGGUUCGGGGUUCGUGUAAACACUGUGACUCCAGCGGUCAUCAAAACACCCAUAGGAAAACAGCCUGGUGUCUCCUUGGAAAACCACAUGCGCAAGCUGGAGCUAACCGGCGUCGAUCACGCCUUGGGGAGACCGGGUACCCCGGAAGAAGUAGCCCGCUGCAUCGCCUUCCUGGCCUCGGAUGACGCCUCCUUCGUCACGGGCAUCACGAUGCCAGUCGACGGAGGACUGAUGCUAUUGUCAUCUCUCAACUGCGGAAGUGUUUCAGUAUUGACCCAGAAAUCUGCUUGACAGCUAAUCCCAAUACAUGCAGGGAGAAAGCAGGAGCUUGAGCUACUGUGAAAAAUACAUUAAAGUUGAAUUUGCAUUGGUUAUGCA